AUGAGGUAUGUCCUGCAGCUACAAUUCGAGCCCUGCACCAACAAUGUGGCCGAAUACGAGGCACUUCUCCCUGGCAUGCGAGUCGCCAAAGAAAUGGGUGCAGCUCGCCUCCGCUGCUUCGGUGACUCCGCCCUAGUCGCCAGCCAGAUAUCCAGCACCUGCGACGCCACCGAUGCCAACAUGAUCAUCGUCGAGUGGGUUGACAGGCGCAAGAAUGAGGAGGCUGACGCUCUCUCCAGACUCGGCUCCAAGCGGCAGCCACCGCCACCGGGCAUCUUCCUCGACAUCCUCACUCGCCCGUCGGUGCGACCGCCCUGCGAGAUCGACAUCGCCGAGCCCCCAGCUCCAGACUCGGUCCUCAUCGCAGUCGCCUCAGACGCUGGGGACUGGACGGAGCCGUACAUGAACUACCUCGAGCGGAAAAUAAUGCCCAUGGACGAAGCAGAAGCGCGCAUGAUCGUGCGCCAUUGCAAAUCCUUCACGAUCAUCAACAAGGAGUUGUACAAGCACAUCGUCUUCGGUAUCUUCCAUUGCUGCGUGCCUCCAGAGGAAGGUCGCCAAAUUCCGCGCGACAUACACACGGGCGAUUGCGGCCACGACGCUGGCGCUCACUCCUUCGUCGCCAAAGCCUUCCACCAUGGUUUCUACUGGCCUACCACCCACGCUGACGCAGUCAAGCUCGUCAGCGCGUGUGUUGGGUGCCAGAACUACGCGAGCCAGUCGCACCUGCCAGGCUCCGCGCUGAAGACCAUCCCCCUCACCUGGCCUUUCGCUGUCUGGGGCAUGGACAUGACGGCGACCAAGUUCCUGCGGGAGCUGAUAUACCGUUACGGGUACCCGCACAGCAUCAUCACCAACAACGGCACCAAUUUCGCCAAGGGAGAAAUGGCAGAAUUCUGCGAAGAUAAUGGGAUUCGACUCGACCUCGCCUCAGUCGCACAUCCCGAGUCAAACGGCCAAGCUGAGCGAGCCAACCAGAGCAUCCUCCACGGCCUCAAGCCGCGCCUGCAAGUACCCCUGGAGCGAGCCGCCGGAUGCUGGGCGGAGGAGCUCCCCUUUGUCCUCUAG